GGAAGUUCGAACUCGGGCCGUGUAUGACGUCUUCGGCCAGUAAUUCUGUCAGUUGUGCAUGGGAUGUUCCAUGCGAGUGGGAGCCGGAAAUGCAUUAAAAUAUCCCAACCGUGUCCUUCAAGGUCAAGCGUGAAUGGAGACUGUCCAUUUCAUGGGCCUUGAGCAAGUGUGAUCUGUGACGUCAUCACGCGCCCACUUUCACGAACCUGUGUUGCUUUACUCCUCGUGUGCGUCAGUCACUCCCUAACCAUGGACGCAACCAGUUUCUGCCUUCUUUCUCUUCUUCCUUCCCGCACGUCUCUCCUUCACCUCGCCGUCGUUUUCUCCCUUCUCCAUCGUGAGACAUUGGGGCAGAGUUCCCAAGAGUUCUAUGGGACCCUGAUAGGGAACUUCAAGAACUACGCUCAUGGGAUAUCGGGAAGCGUGUAUGCGGUGGAUGAGGAUACAGUUGUGAUCAAGGGCUUCUCCUACGAUGGUUCCGCACCUGAUGCUUACUUUUGGAUCGGAGACGAUGUCCAACCGUCCCCUCGAGGUUCCAUUGUUCCCUAUCCUCAGUCCUACAGUGGAGAGGAACCUCCUAUCUUGGGUUCAUUUGAGAAGGAGGACAUUCUUCUGCAUUUCCCGAAGGGAAUGAAACUGACUGACAUCAAGUGGCUUUCGGUCUGGUGUCGACGUUUCACGGUGAAUUUUGGGGAUGUGCGCGUCCCGAGGAACUUGAGGAUUCCAAAGAAGGAGGUCCUGACGGAAUUCUCCCGCUUGGCCCAUGGUCUUCGAUCCGGGAACGUGACAGUGUUAGACGAGAGGACCUUCUAUAUCCCAAAUCUCCAUUACGAUGGCGCCGGACCUGAUGCGUUCUUCCUUGUCGGAACCGGCCCCUCUCCCAAUCCCAACGGCCUCAAGGUCCCCAACGAACAGGGCAGUUUGAAGCCUCUGAGAGGCUAUCAAGGAGUGGACAUUGAGAUCCAGCUGCCGCAAGGAAGGUCCGUCCAUGAAUUCGAUUGGCUGUCUGUUUAUUGCAUCACCUACAAACAUGAUUUCGGACAUGUCCGCAUCCCCAAGAAUCUUUACGUCCCUCCAGCUCUCGGUCAAACCAAAAUCACUACGAGAGGGCAGGAGCCAGAAUCCUUGACGAACUGCAUUGAACCGAUCCCAGGGAAGCUGCAGAUCCGCUGGUCUCUGAAAAACGACGAAUUUACGGUGAAAAUGACGGGGAAGAUCGAGGACGAGCAAUAUAUGGCCUUCGGGAUCUCCGGCGAUCUUCGAACGACGAAGAUGGUUGGAGGGGACGUGGCCGUGGCCUUCUACGACCGGGCCAGUGACCGCCUCCGGGUCGUCGAUUACUACAUGACCGACAAGUCUCAGGUAAUACAUAAAUCCUGGCGCUUGUUUAUUAGAGACGGGGAUGUGGGCAUGACGUAUCUGGGAUUGGUCCAGUGUGACGGCAGAAGAGGGGUGUGUCCGGACGAGAGACUCGGAGGGAAGGAUGACGUGGAAUACGUGGAAGGGGAACGGAGGAAUGGGAUCGCGAGUGUCACGUAUCGCCGGGCUGCCAGGACCAACGAUAACCGUCAGGAUAUCCCCCUUUCUCCCUCGGCUCGGAUCCCCAUUAUCGCCGCCAUCGGGAACCUCAAUUCUCGCAAUGAAGCGAACUAUCACUUCUCGGAAAGGACCGGCCUUGGCUCAGACUUCACCGUGGAUCUUGGAGGAGAGAACCAGAAUCAAUGUGCCGUGUCACUGUCUCAAAGUCAGACUUCUGGGAAUGGUGACGAACGAGGGAGGAGUCUGGAGCCGUGGAAACCUCAGAUCAUCAUCGGGCAGAAUCGCUUCAAGGCUCAAAUCGGCCCAACCGGCGGAAAACGUGGCUAUUCGGCUAUCACUGGGCAUAAUUCGUGGGGUAUCGCCUGGUGGAUAAAUGAGAAACUCAUCCCUGAGAUCUACGUGGAAAGAGGACAGACAUAUGAGUUUGAAGUGGAAGGAGGGAACGACAGCACGAGCCCGGCGAAAUACCAUCCCCUGUAUAUCACAGACAGCUCUGAAGGAGGAUAUGGACAGAAGUCAGUGUCUGACCAGGCCAAGGAAAAGGUCUAUGCCGGCAUCGCCUUCGACCAACAGGGAUUCCCCUAUCCCUCAGCCAUGGGGCGGUUGUGCGAGUGGCAGCACAAGACGACAGACAAGAGUGAGAGUUCGGAGACACUUGAGGAAUACAAGAAGACUUUGAAGCUGGAUUGCCAGGCAGGAAGAUCCGGUCAACUCAUUUGGACUGUUCCUCUCGAUGCGCCCAAAAUUCUUUAUUACCAGUGUUAUACCCACACAAACCUGGGCUGGAAGAUCCACGUGGUAGAUCCUGGCUUCCGACUAAGAAGGGGGGAACUGAAUGCAGCCACCCAAAGCAUCAUAAUUCCUCCUCUUCUCCUCCUCCUCGUCUUUCCUGCCAUUCUUCUUAGAUAAUUUUUUUCAUGUUGCCGUGCCUAUUCGGGUCUAAUCAGAUCUUGUGAUACCGUGAUACGGAUGACCAACAAUACUGAGUGUGCAAGGAGUGUGUUUUUUUAUAUCAUUUUUCUUUGUGUGAAAGUGCAUGAAUUUCUCCACGAGUGAUUCCAACGUCAUUUUGUAAAAGAAUAACCUAGGAAUAAAGACGUAUUUUUAUCGAAA